CUAAAGUUAAUGCCAUUGUUCCGUAAAUUGUAUUUCCAGCAACCUCUACAUGCUACUGAAGCUACCAGUAAUGUAAAUUCCACCAUUCAUGUUUCAAAAGUCAACGGUGAUGCGAAAAUCUCCACUGGACACUCGCACGAGCACGGAGCAGCACUUGUGCCUUCACGUCCACCCAGCUUCCUCGUUCAUCCACAGUCCAUCGCAGCAAAACCUGGCGAAACAGUUACUUUUACAGCGAAGACUUCCGGUAUUCCACCUCCCACGUUAGAGUGGAACCGUAUAGAAGCAACGCCGGUGGCGAUACAAACUGGCGGCAAAUUCAAGGUACAACAUGGGAGUAGCGGAGACAGCAAGCUGAUCAUUGAGAAGGUGGAUGCAAAUGAUGCUGGCACCUAUGCCGCCAUCGCGAGAAAUAGUGGUGGAACAUUUCAGAGUCGUUUCGUGCUUAAUGUUCUCCAGGCAAGACCACCAGACGCACCGGAGUUCACUGGAAAAUUCCAAUCAACUACACUGUACGAAGGCGACUCGGUGAGGUUGUUUUGUAGAUCAACAGGAGCGAAUGUCGUCUACAAGUGGUUCAAGGACAACGAAGAAAUCUCCAAUUCUGCUCCAUUCAAGAUUGAAACGAAAGGCAACGAAACGAUGUUGGCAAUCGAGAACGUCACUCUCGCCGAGGGAGGCUGGUAUCGUUGUGAUGCCAUCAACAAGCACGGCACCACUACACUCAAGGGUCGUGUAGUCGUUCAAAGUCGUCAGAAACUAACUGGUCCUCCUUAUAGAGAACAAAUCACUCUUCGAAAGGUUGAUCGACGCAUGGCCAGGACUCCUGUGAACCAGAUGCAAGACGUGGCUGCAUCCAAGACGACGCCAUCCUUUCAAAGUCAACUACAGCCGUUGAAUCUCAUCGAAGGACAAACUGCUCGGCUUGAGGUGAAAUACACUCCGGCUGACGAUCCGAAUGUUAAGGUAGCAUGGCUUUUAAAUGGAAAGGCUAUUUUGGCGUCAUCGAGAGUGACCACCGUAGCCAACAAUGGCAUCGCCGUGCUUGAAAUCAGUCCUGUUACGGUGUUCGACCAGGUACUACCAGUUUCUCUUAAUCCGGGCGUAUUUGCAAAUCUCUUUUUAGGUCACUGUCCCGUCGAUCAACCAACUCUCGGCAACAGUUUCGGUACUGCCUACCAGUCACGGAGCACUCGUGCUCCACCUGGAAUUCAACUAGAUCUUCCGAACUUCCAUUCGGAUUUGCGAUCGCAUGAGCUGUUCGAGGGACAGCCAAUUCAUUUGGAAGCGAAAUUGACACCACUUAAUGACGAGAAUCUGGUCGUCGUGUGGUAUCUGAACGGACGAGAAUUAAUGAAAAAUGACCGCUGUCGGCAAACCCUAAACCAUGGCUUCGCUACACUUGAUAUCAUGGAUGCCACCAAGGACGACAGUGGUGUGUUCACCUGCCGAGCCAUGAACCAGCUUGGACAAGCCGAGAAUCAGGCGACCGUCAUAGUGCAUCCAAAAGUCGAUCUGCACAAGUUCGAGCAGAAUCGAAAUCUGGACGUGGAAGAUGUUCGUGAAAUCCAGUUCAGUCAUUCAAAGCAAGAUGGUGUUCCGAAGUUUUUGUCCCCGAUCCAGUCGUUCCACUGUGAUCAGGAGCUGGGCCGAUCGUUCUUCGAGGCUCGCAUCACUCCAGUGAAUGAUCCGUCGCUGAGGGUCAGCUGGCUGAAAGAUGGACAUGCGCUGCCUAACGCCAACAGAAUCCAGACGUUCAACAACUUCGGAUGUGUCUCACUCUCUUUGAACCCCACAUAUCCGGAAGAUGCUGGGACGUACACUUGCGUUCUUUUUAAUGCUCAUGGACAGGCACAGUGCUCUGCUGAGUUGACAACGUUAGCCAUGCCGACUCUUCAGCUGGAUACCAAGCAUCAGGAUAGCUUGCAAAUCAUCGGCUAUCUUGAUAGCCACCAGGUGCACAUCGGUCCUCAGGAAGUGGACCGUCCGGAGGAGACGCAGUCCCUGGACACUCCACGAUUCGUGCGCCCGCUGGCUGAGCGGAUAGAGUGCAUGGAGAACGAUCCGGUGCACUUCGAAGCGCGUCUCCAGCCGGCUAACGACGUCAAGAUGACCGUCGAAUGGUACCACAACGGUGCUCCUCUACCGGCCGCUCACCGAUUCCGUCCAAUGUUCGACUUCGGCUAUGUAGCUUUGGAUAUUAUGUAUGCUUAUCCAGAAGACAGCGGUACUUACACUCUGGUGGCACGGAACGAACUUGGUGAAGCACAGUGCAGUUUAGAACUACUCGUCGGCAGUGACAAAACUCUUUAUCUGGAUCCUCAUCAUCCAGAAGGAUUGCAGAGGAUACAGGAGCUGGAGCAAGAUCGUCGCCAACCUUUGCCAGAAAUCGAGGACAGGACGUGCGACACUGCCCCACAGAUUCUUGGAAAUCUGUCCGACUUCGAAUUGAACGAACACGGCGAUAUUCACCUGGAUGUUAAGGUGACACCAGUGCACGACCCAACGAUGAGUGUGGAGUGGUUCGUGAAUGGGCAUCCGCUAAUCACUGGUAGUCGAGUGAAGACGCUAAACGAGUUCGGAUUUGUAGCCCUGGAUAUCAAAGGAGCGAUCGCCGAGGAUUCUGGAACGUACAUACUCCGUGUUGCAAAUGAGAAGGGAGAAGCGACGAGACAAUGCAACAUCACUGUCAUCCCAGCGAGCCAAGUGGUCCUUGACACUCAUCACGAAGAAUCGCUCGAUAAGAUCACUUACUUGGAAAGUAUGGAGAAAUAUGGUAGACAAGAAAUCGAGGACCAUGGUCCCGAAAUGGCACCGGUAUUUGUUGUUCCUCUGGAAGCAGACAUGGGUGAGGUGGAGGAAGGUGAGCCGAUCCAUUUGGAAUGCCAGGUGAAGCCGAUUAACGACAACACUUUGAAGGUGACAUGGCUUCGCAAUGGAGCACCCAUUCCACAUGGGCACCGCUUCCGCACCUUCUACGACUUCGGCUUCGUGUCGCUGGACAUUUUGGGCGUCUACGCCCAGGACAGUGGCGAGUACACAUGCAAAGCCGAGAACGCUCUCGGCUCUGUGGAGACAACGACGAUCUCUUCAGCAAAGGAAGCAAUUCUUGGCCAAGUACAACAUCCGAAGAGUUAUCAGCGGAUUCAAGAAAUAGAAGCACCGAAGCCGAAACCACAGGAGUUACCAGAUGCACCAACACAGGCACCGGUAUUCGUGAAGCAGUUGGGUCCACCGAUCGAGUGUGCUGAAGGCGACAACAUCUAUCUUGAAGCGCAGGUUGCACCAACUGACGACAACACUUUGACGUAUGAAUGGUUUGUGAACGGUCGUCCACUGAUGAAAGCCCAUCGCUUCGUCCUCUCGCAAGACUUUGGCUACAUCGCACUGAAUAUCCUCUACUGCUAUCCAGAAGACAGCGGCACGUAUACUCUCGUAGUCAGAAAUGCAGCCGGCGAAGUCCAGUCUAACGUUGACAUCAACUGUCGCAUCGACGGCGUUAAUUACCGUGACUCAUUCCAUCCGAAUUCGCUUCAACGAAUCAAGGAACUCGAAGCACCAUAUCGAAGAGCCGAACCGGCUCCGGAAAAGCCGAAGGAACAGCCUAAGAUUCUAAAGCCUCUUCCGCCGAAAUUGGACGUGGUGCACGAGUCGCAGACGUUACAUCUCGAGACGCAAGUCUACCCGGUGGACGACAACUCGCUGAAGUACGAAUGGCUGUUCAACGGGCAGCCGCUGAAGGCGAGCAGUCGCUACCGGCUGCUUAACGACUUCGGCUUUGUCACUUUGGAUAUCGACUAUGUGAUCGCCGAGGAUGCCGGGAAGUAUACUUUGAUCGUCACCAACUCUGCAGGAACAGCUGAAACGUCGUGUGAAUUUGAAGUGGAGAGGCUUAAAUCCAUUCUGUCUGAGACAGCUCACCCGGAGUCCUUGAGAAGAAUCCAUGAGAUGGAACAACUUCAACCGGCUAAGCCUAGCGAGGAUGAUUUUGUUCCGGAACAGCCCGUAUUUACUCAAGCGCUUUCUGGUCCAACUGAAGUGCUUAAAGAAGGGCAGAGCGUUCACAUGGAUUGUGUUGUGCAGCCCAUAAACGACCCAACUUUAAAGAUCGAAUGGUUCUGCGACGACCGUCCGUUGAUGUUCGGCUCUCGCAUCCGCACCAUCCACGACUUUGGGUACGUCGGACUGGAAUUUUUGCAUAUUCAUCCAGAAGAUACCGGAACGUACACUUGUCGUGCCACCAACGAUGCAGGAGAGGCGACCACACAAUUUAGGAUAGAGUGUAGACCAAAACGCAAUAUCUAUCUCGACACCCACCAUGAAUCGUCUUGGGCGAAGAUUCAGGAAAUGGAGAAUCGCCAGGAAAUCCGGGAACCGUCACCCGAAAUGUCAUUUCCUCCUCCAACAUUCAUCCAGCAACUUCAGGUAUCAGCGAUACGCUUGGAAUGUCAUUUGGUUCCCGUAAAUGAUCCAACUCUAAAGGUUUUCUGGACGGUCAACGGCCAGCCGAUCCCAGAGGCAUCCCGCUUUAUGCCUGCACGAAACUUCGACUAUGUCAGUCUGGAUAUUCUUGGUGUGUACCCUGAGGAUUCUGGAGUGUACACCUGCAAGGCUGUAUCAGACUUCGGAGAGGCUGCCACGUCGUGCACAGUGAAGUGCACUCCUACAAUGUCUCUCUUGCUGGAUCCUAUGCACGAACAGUCGUGGACCAGAGUACAGGAAAUCGAAAACAGAAGGCCUCCCGAACGAGUGUAUGAAGAGCCAGAAAAGAUGCCACCCCGAUUCGUCGUGCCGUUAAGCGGGGCGAUGGGUGAAUUUCCGGAAGGAACUGCUAUCCACAUGGAAUGUGAAGUCGAGCCCACUAAUGACAACAAGCUCACCGUCCAUUGGUUCCAUAACGGCGUGCCAUUGACGAACGGUCACCGCUUCCGCACUGCACAUGACUUCGGCCACGCUUCACUGGAUAUCCUCUAUGCAUUCGCUCAGGAUGGUGGAGAAUGGACCUGCAUAGCACGGAACGAACUCGGUGAAGCCAGCACGGCUGCUAACUUCACUGUGCUGCCCAAAGGCGUCAUCUACACGGAUCCACAGCAUCCGGAAAGUUGGACGAGAAUACAGGAAUUGGAAGCACCGAAAGUACGACCUGCAGAAGCUCCUGAGCAAGAACAAGAUGCACCACAGUUCCUUGAACCAUUGGAAUCACUGGAACGCAUCGAGUUUCAACCGGCGCAUUUCGAAACCCGAUUUCAGCCUGUUGCAGAUCCCGAUCUUGUCGUUCAGUGGUAUAAGGAUGGACAACCGCUGCACAGCGGAAACAGAUUCAAACUUACAUGCGACUUCGGCUAUGUCGCUCUCGAUAUCGCCCACACUGUUCCGGAGGAUUCUGGUACCUAUGCGGUGAAGGCGUCCAACAAAAAGGGAGAGGCAUCCGUAGAGGCAAAUCUUUCUGUUCGUGGGAGCGAUGUCAUUAUGUCCGAUCCUCAACAUGACGAGUCAUGGCGUAAAAUCCAGCUUCUUGAGUCUUAUCAUGCGCCCAGUGAGGAGGUACCGGACAUCAAAUACGGCCCACCUAAAAUCAUCCGUCAGUUGAACAAUGUCGAAAACGUUGUCGAGGGUCAACCGGCGCAUUUCGAGGCGCAGUUCGAACCGUUCAACCAUCCACAGACGACUGUGCAGUGGUUUCUGAACGGAAAGCCACUAUCUGCAUCAAGUCGAAGAAUCCUUAGAAACGACUUCGGUCUUGUUACUUUGGAUCUACAGUACGUCCUCGGCGAGGAUAACGGCGAGUACUCAGUGUUGGUUCGCAAUCCAGAGGGCGAAGACCGAACGUCGGGAUAUCUUUCGUGCUCUACUAGGGCUUCUAUACUUGGUGACCCACUACAUGACGCUUCCUGGAAACGAAUACAGGAGAUCGAAGCACCACGAGUACCACUGCCCGAACCGGAAGCGCCUCAGUACGGCAAACCUUCAUUUACACAACCGCUGCAGAGCAUUGCCCACCUCCCAGAAGGAAGUGUAGCUCUGCUCGAAGCUCGAGUUAUUCCAAUCAACGAUCCUAAUCUCAAAAUCCAGUGGUUCUUUAACGAUUCACCUCUUCAGGAGUCUAACUGGAUCGCAACCAACAACGACUUCGGCAACAUUUCCUUGAGGAUCGCACCGGUCUACGCUCGUCACUCGGGAGUUUAUUCCUGCAAAGCGACUAACGACCAAGGUGCCGCUAUCACAAGCGCAUCGAUCGCUGUAAAAGGAUCGGACGGUUUGCUGCUCGACUCCGCUCAUCCAGCUUCUCUGCAAAAGAUUCGCGAUCUAGAGGCUAUGGACAAAUACGCCCGAAUCGAAGCUCCCGAGAGAGAAUACGGCAAACCGCAGUGGAUUCAGCCAUUUGAGAACAUUGACAACGUUGGCGAGGGUCAAGUGAUCGCGUUGCAUGGUUUAGUAGAGCCGUCUGGAGAUCCAAAUUUGCACGUGGAAUGGCUGCUAAAUGGAAAACCCUUAAUAAACGCGAAUCGGUUUCGUCAAGAGUAUGAAUUUGGCAACGCGAUCCUGACGAUCGUGCACGUACUUCCACACGACUCGGGCGUUUAUACUUGUCGCGCCUACAAUCAGAGCGGAGAGGCCAGCACAAGUUCCACUGUGAAAGUGGCAGGAUACGAACGACUUUUACUUGAGCCUCAACACCCGGUUUCUUGGCAAAAGAUUCAAGAACUUGAGGCGCCUAAGAUUGUUGAAGAAGUAGAGGAGGUGGUUCAUCGCGAAAAGCCGAACUUCAUCACUCAGUUAGAAUCCGUUGAGGGUGUUCAAGAAGGUCAGCCGAUUCACCUCGAGGCGACAUUCCAACCAGCCAGAGAUCCUGAGUUGAAGGCUGUUUGGAAAAAGAACGGUCAGCCUCUGGGGGCGUCACAACUCAUUCAAACUCAUCAUGAACUUGGCUGGGCGACUCUGGACAUUUUGUCGGCCAACGAGGACCACAAUGGCAUUUAUACUUUGACGAUUUCGAAUCCGGAAGGCGAGAUGGUGUCGACUGCUUCGGUGAAAGUGAUUGGCAGCAUGCCCGUUCUCGGUGACACUCAACACGAGGAGUCUUGGCGUCGAAUCCAAAUUCUUGAGGCACCGAAGGAACCGUCGCCAGAAGCACCACCUCCCGUUUACGACCCACCAAGCAUUACUACGCAGAUCAAUGAUCAGGAAUGCAGCGAAGGUGAUCAUGUUCACUUCGAAGGAGUUAUUCUUCCCGUGAAUGACCCGAAUCUUACGGUGCAGUGGUUUCGCAACGGUGAGCCGCUGGCUCACGGUUCAAAAUACGCUAUUAAUCAAGACUUUGGCAUUUGUACAUUGGACAUCGCUUACGCGUUCCCUGAGGAUCAGGGUGUUUACCAGUUGAAGGUCUCGAACGCACAGGGUGAAGCUGUUUCAUCGGCCACGCUGAAAUGCCACGGAAAAGACGCUAUUUUGAGUGAUACCCAGCAUGCUGAAUCCUGGGCUCGCAUUCAGAAAAUCGAAGCGCCAAAGCCAAAGGUAGAAGAAGUGCAACCUGCUCCGAAAUCUGCUCCAAUGUUCACUGUUCCGAUCAGUUCGCCUAAGGAGUUGGUCGAAGGGCAACCGGCUCAUUUCGAGGCAACCAUCGAGCCUAUCGACGACCCGAAGAUGCAGAUAACCUGGUAUCUAAACGGCGUGCCAAUUCCAAACUCGUCUCGCCAAAAGAUGAUCAACGACUUCGGUUGGGUGAUUAUGGACAUCAACCAAGCAGAAGUGCGUGACAGUGGUGAGUGGACGUGUGUGGCGAAGAACGAGGCCGGCGAGGCGAAAUGCAGUGCACAGCUUACCGUCAUCGGAAAGGAGAACAUAGUGCUCGACUCACUGAAUCCACAGUCUCUGGAAAGGAUACGAGAGCUUGAAGCGGAGAAACCAGCCAUACCCGAACAACCGGCGCCUGUUUAUUCAACACCAGUAUUCACUGCUCCACUCUCUGUUCAGGGAGUACUGGAGGAAUUUGGCAGCGCCCAUUUACAGGCCCAGUUUACACCGAUCGACGACCCUACUAUAAAGGUUGAGUGGCUUCGCGACGGUCAGCCGAUCUUCCACUCGAAUCGCUUCAGAAUGGUGGACGAUUUUGGAUUUGCAGUACUUGAUAUCAUCCACCUACUUCCUCAUGACAACGGGGAGUACAUGUGCAGAGUAUCGAACGCGGCCGGUGAAGCCGUCUCUUUGGUGACCAUCAAUGUUGAACCCAGUAGUGGUCUUAUUCUUCAUCCUCAAAACGAGCAGAAGGCAAAGGCCGUGGAGGAAUUGGAGGAUUUCCUUCGUCGCCGUCCUGAGGAAGUCGCUGAGGCGAUAAAAGAGGCGAUGCCUGUAUUCAUCGAACCGCUCUCUGCACCAAUAGAGUGCGAAGAAGGCGAUCGGGCACAUUUCACUGCCAGAUACGAACCACUCAAUGACAACAAACUCCAGGUACAAUGGUUUCAUGAUGGUCGUCCGCUAAAGACUGGGUCCCGCGUGAAGACAAUCAACGAUUUUGGCUUCGUUGUUCUGGAAAUCAGUCCAGUCUAUCCAGAGGACAGUGGCGACUACUUGUGUCGUGCUUUCAAUAAUGUCGGCGAGGCCGUCACGAGCACAAGUCUAUCGUGUGCACCAAAAGAGCGAAUCAUUCGAGAGUCACAGCUUCCUCAGUAUAUGUCAGGUGCCCAAGCACGAAUCACGGAGAUAGAGGCCCUGCGGCCACCGCCUGAAGAAGCGCCAGAAAUGGAUCAUGGACCGCCAAAAUUUACCACACAACUUGUGUCUCCUCCUGAGCUUCUCGAGGGACAAACAGCUCAUCUGGAAGCACAGAUCACGCCUGUGGGCGAUCCAAAUCUCAAGAUCGAGUGGUUCCAUGAUGGCAAUCCUGUGAAACACUCCAAUCGUAUGAAGGUGAUUCAUGACUUUGGUUUCGUUGUAUUGGAGCUUUCACCGUCUGAACCACAAGAUUCGGGUAAAUGGACAUGUCGUGCCACGAACAAGAACGGAUCCGACGAAGUUUCUUGUGACAUCAAGGUUGUCGGGACUGGUGGUGUGUCGUACGAAUGGCAGUCUCCUGCCGAACGGAAGGAGCGCAUCACCGAGCUGGAGCACUGGAUCAAUAGGCCAAAAGAGGAACUUGAACUGCCACCUGUAGACUAUGGACCACCUCGAUUCACGCAAAACUUGACUGACUUGGGCACGUUGAACGAAGCAGACGCGACGGCGUUCGUAUGUGUACUCGAACCAGUCGGUGACCCGACUCUCCGAGUGCAAUGGGAACACAACGGACUUCCAAUACCAUACUCGAACAGAAUAUCAUGUACUAAUGAAUUCGGCGUGGCUACGUUGCUCAUCAAACACCUCAUCACUGCUGAUAGUGGCGAAUAUAAAUGCAUAGCGACGAACGCGAAAGGAACUGCUGAGACGGUGGGGAAAACUGUUGUAGAGUCCUUGACUCAUAUCGAUGCACCACAGAUCGUUCAGCCACUCGUAGAGAACAUUGACUCCACACUCGAAGGGGACUCCAUCCAUUUAGAGUGUCGACUUAUCCCAAUGAAUGAUCCACAAUUAAAGGUGCAAUGGUACAGGAACGGCCAACCACUGCCCGAGGCUAGCAGGUUUAAACCGCUGUUCGAAUUUGGAUUCGUGUCAUUGGAUAUCCUAUACGCCUAUCCUGAAGAUAACGGUGUUUAUGAACUCGUAGCUACCAACGACAAAGGCGAGGCUCGUACAACAUCACAGAUCACGGUCCUUCCUCGACCGGCACUAGACUACACUCCUCAAGCAAUUGGCGGUACUCGUCAAGACAAUCUCGAGUCCCACUUCCGCCAAUAUUCCACCCAAGUUUUACAGUUGUCCGCCGAGGACUCCUACGAUGAAUCUCAGAAGCGGCCUCCUGAGUUCAAGAUUCCGAUGCAGAACAUAGGAGUAGCCGAGGGUGAAUUCUGUCGCUUCGAGACACAAGUAGCUCCUAUCAACGACCCAUACAUGAAGAUCGAGUGGUUCAAGGACAAGAAACCUGUGCUUAUAGGACAUCGGUUCCGGUCGACGUUGGACUUUGGAUUCGUGUGUCUUGACCUCCUCUACGCGCUGCCCGACGACACUGGCGAGUACGAAUGCGUGGCCACCAAUAAAUAUGGGCAUGCGAUCAUUGGUGCUAAGUUGGCGUGCGAAGGCGGACCGCAUGUGAUCACCGAGAGCCAGAUGCCACAAGGAAUGCUGGUGCAUAGUGUGAAAAAUGACAACACGAAAAUCCACUGGAGCGAACAGGGACAAACUCAGAUCCGGCAGAAGCAGGCACCGCAAUUCACAAUGCCACCACGCAAUCUUCAGGUCGUCGAAAAUGAGCCGGCUCGGUUUGAAUGCACUGUCAUUGGUAAUCCAAAGCCUAAGGUCACAUGGUACAUCAACGGGAACCAGGCAUUACAUGGUCAUCGGUACAAGCUGAAUUACGACGGCAUGCACUACCUCACAAUUAGCAACUGUCGCAUCUCAGAUGCCGGUGAAGUGGUAGUGAUAGCCAGAAACAGCGAAGGAGAAGUGCAAGCCACCUGCACGCUUGACAUCUUCCAGAAAAAGGAUUGGCGGCAGAAAGAGCUCAAGCCGACCCAAUUCGUGACGAGUGAGGAGCUACAACAACGACAAAUUCAAUGGCAUAAGGAAACCCUUGGCAAAUUGGGAGAAGCGUUCGAGGCGGCUUCGAAACCGGAUCCACAUAAACUGAUGAGUAUUGAGCGGUCCCAUACACCAAUCGAACCACUCGAGACGGAAGAGCUUCUGCAGAAGUUCACGCGUCCUCGCGAUGAUCAAUUCUACAACCAACUCGCAUAUGUCGAAACCACAAAAUCACAAUUCAAAGGCAUGGAACUCGAACCAGUUCACCUUAAACCGGGUCAAGUCGAAAGAUACCAACCACCAAGGGAAGAGAUGGAACCGGUGGUGCUUCGUGCGGUUCCCACUAAAGAGAAAUUUGUCCCACCAGCAGAACAACCAGACUGGGCAGUUGAUGGGGGUGUUAAAUUACCUGGAAAUGUGGAAGGAAGAUUCAAGAAGCUAUCUACUCCACCAAAAGAGGUCGAUAUUCCUGCUCGGGAUCAAAUCACUCUAAAAACGGCUAAACCUAAACCAGCAUCUGAGGUAGUCUUAGAGAAGGCGAAACUGAAGGCCGUUCAGCAAGGACCUGAGCAACCGAAGAAGGAGAUCGUUCCACAUAAGCAGCAAGUUGAACUCAAGCCUCAACCAACGAAGAUUGGCGUUUCGAAACAGGCUCCACCGAUGGUAUCAGAGCAUCUUAAGCCGAUUCAAGGAGAACCAGGAAAAGCUAGAUUGGUGUUUAGGUUCUACGUUGCAUUUGAUGGUGCUGCCCCUAUUAAGGUGACGUGGUUCAAAGAUGAAAACGAAAUCAAAAGCAACUUCCGGAACCAGAUUACAACGACUAACAACAGCUCAACUCUUCAUAUUGGUCGAUUGGAGAACAACCACGUUGGCAAGUACCUUGUUCGUCUCGAGAACGUUGCUGGAACGGUUGAGACGUCGGCCAAUCUGACUUUAGCAGCACCAGUCGAUAAAGGGAAAGCGCCAGAUUUCACUACGAAGCUUAACGACUUGCGCAUACCACAAAAUGGUCCAGCUGUAUUCUCAUGUACCAUAAACGGUGAACCUAAGCCGACGGUGAAUUGGUUCAAGGACGGUCAACCACUGCCAAAUGAUGGUCGCUUCAUUGCCAAUGAAGCUAACAACCAGUAUAAACUGUCGUUGAACAACACGUUGCCCCAGGAUGCUGGUGUCUAUGAGUGUGUGGCGAAGAACACAGCCGGCGAGGCAAGAUGCAAGGCUCGACUGAACGUUAAUCUCAUCCAAACUGGUAAAGGCGCCGAAGCAGGGCCAAGAUACGAAGCGCCUCGAUUUACUACGCAAAUUCAGCCAUUGGUGGCUGAUGAGGGGAAACCAGCUUCGUUUUCUGCCAAGUACACCGGCUUUCCUGAGCCAACUAUUCGAUGGUACCGCAAUAACGAACCGAUCAGGCGAUCUCCUCGCUGUGAAUUAAUCAUCGUUUUUGCUUUCCUACCGUAUCCGGACGGAUAUCUACUAUCGCUUAAUCCGGCCGGAAAGGCUUCAUCAGUGGCGAAUCUAGUCCUAACUCCGAAGGUAGGCCGAAUCACAAAAACGACCAUCACAAGGGGUCGAACGAUUGCGACGCAAGACAUGCCAGCUUCUGACGCGCCACACUUUGUCUCGAGACUCAGCGACAUAUCUGCUCGACAGGGCCAUACUGUGAAGUUCGCAUGCGACAUUGAUGGCAAUCCGAUGCCAACAGUGCAGUGGCUGUACAAUGGAAAACCGAUUGCUGCCUCAAAAGACAUAAAGACCUCACUGGAAGGAAAGCGUGCGAUAUUGGAAAUCUCACGAAUAACGUACAACCAUGGCGGCGAAUACCAGAUUAUGAUUCGAAACCCGAAAGGAGCCGCACAGUGCAGUGCUCGACUCACUCUUAGUUAG